AUGGCUCCGUCUGUUUCAUCCCAUGUAGACGUCCUUAUCGUUGGAGCGGGACCUGCUGGACUGGCUUUGGCCAAUUGGUUUCGUUCCUCCAAUAUAUCGGUCCGCCUUCUCGAUAAGAAACCUGGCCCGACUCCACGGGGGCAAGCGGAAGGUCUCAAAAGCACUACUGUUGAGAUAUUCGAGUCGCUUGGGAUUGGGCACCAAGUAUGGGCAGAGGCAUGGAGGUUAGAAGAGAUUGCCAUCUGGGGGCCAGAUAGCACAGGAGGAGAUGCAACAACUAGCAUAGGUAUCAAGAGAGAGCAGGUCAUACAAGAUCAAGUCCCUGAACUUGGGAAAACUAGAGAAGUCAUGCUCCAGCAAUCACGAGUUGAGCAUCAUAUGCUUGAGAAUCUGUCCGCAAGCCCAAACAUCGAAAUGCAAUUUCAAAAGAGACCCACAAGCCUCAAUAUAGAUGAGAGUAUAUUCGAUGAUCAGGAUGCGUUUCCUUUAACUGUCACCGUGACAACAAACACAGAUAGGGUAGGCAUAAAUGGAGUUGCAGCAGAUUGCUCGAAUGGAGAUCUAGGUACCGAAGAGAUCCAUGCCAAGUAUAUGGUAGGCUGUGAUGGAGCUCAUAGCUGGACACGGGACCGGCUAGGUGUAAAGUUGGAGGGAGAUUUGACAGACUCUGUGUUUGGUGUUGUGGAUAUAGUUCCCAAAUCCAACUUUCCAGAUAUUCGGAAGGUCUGCUAUCUGCGAGCCUCUACAGGGACCAUCCUUCUCGUGCCUCGGUCAAACAAAGAGGUUCGUUUGUACGUUCCAGUGGAGAGCGGCGGUGCUCUUUCUAAUCCAAAGGACUUGACUUUUGAGCGAAUCAUGGAUGCAGUACGCAAGAUUAUUGCUCCAUAUACACUAGAGGUUGGCUCAUGCAAAUGGUGGUCCGCUUACCGUGUUGGGCAGCGUGUCGGUGAUCAAUUCUCUAUUCAUAAUCGUGUGUUCCUUGCGGGUGAUGCUGUCCACACCCAUUCCCCAAAAGCCGGUCAAGGUAUGAACACCAGCAUUCAAGAUGCCUUCAACCUUGGUUGGAAACUUCGUCUGGUCCUAAAUGGCCAUGCAUCACCAUCCAUUCUUUCGACCUAUGAGUCCGAGCGACUGCCUGUGGCACAAGAUCUCAUCGCCUUCGACCGUGGAUACCUAAAGCUCUUCUCCGCACCAUCCGCAUCAUUUGAAAGCGAAUUCCUACGUGCAAUGAAGUUCACGACCGGUCUCUCGAUCCGUUACCCACCAUCUCCAAUCGUCCAGCUCCCAAGUAGUAGCAACAACCAAGAACCCGCGCAGCCCCUAGGGCCUAGCUUACUGAAGGCAGAUGUGGUGUCCGGCAAGCGCCUACCUGACUUCCAGGUCGUCUGCCAGGCUGACGGCAUCACAACACGCAUUCAUCCACGCCUCCAUGCAAGCGGUGCCUUCAGGAUCAUCGCAUUCGCAGGCAAUCUCGCUCAGCCUGCUCUGCUCGCCCAGCUUCAGCACCUUGGGUCCUGGCUUAGCGAUUGUGAAGAGGGGCUAGGCAGACUUACCGCCGGCGGUGCUCAGGCGAGAGUAGAGGUGCUGGUUGUGCACUGCGCAGCAAGAGAGCAGGUGGAGCUUAUGGAGCUUCAUGAGGUGUUUCGGCCGUGGAGCGAUGACGAGGGAUGGGAUUACUGGCGGGUGUAUGCAGAUGAGAAUAGCGCUCAUGAGGGACAUGGCAGGGUCUACGACAAGCUUGAGCUUGACAGAGAAAAGGGGUGCGUUGUAGUUGUGAGGCCUGAUAACUACAUUAGUGCUGUGAUCGGAAUGGAGGAUUUCGGAAGCAUGAAAAGAUACUUCUCCAAGGUAGAGAGUGGCAGCUGCAUGUAA